GUUAGAACCUUUACCAUAAUCGCUUUUUACUUUAGAACAUCACUUGAGCUUAUUGAACUAGAACCAUUAAAACAACGUUAUUCCGAUAAAAGAAACUGGCGAAGGAAUCCAAAAGUUAACAUUUCCAUAUAGUAGUAUAUGUCUAUCUAUAAAUAAAUGGAUAAAUAGAAAAUCAAAUAUCGAGUCGAUAUUAUUUAUAUACAUAUGUACAUAUGUAUAUGGGUAUGUGAACCAAUGUUAGCAACAGUUAAGCUAUUACAGUUAACGUAGAGCAAUUGAAAUAUCUCUGCAUAUACACAAUUACAAAUUUUAUAGCAGUGAACAUUAGCAAGCAAUAAAAUUACUAUGGGUGCAAAACUGUCAACAGAAUAUACGAACACAUGCAAGUUGCUUUAUACUUUGCUAAAUAGAAAUAAAUUAAAAAAUAAUAAUAAUAAUAUGUUUUGCGUACUGGGUAUUUGAUUCGAAAAUUUUCAAUUUAAUUUAGUGUUACAUGCCAAUAGAAAUGUCAUAUCUGUGUAACAAUAUAAUUCACAAGCAAAAUCGUGUAUAUCUUCCAUUGAUCGUUUAGCUGGGACUUACAAGUUGUCAAGCCCGAAAGAUGACGGGGAUAUCCCCAUCAUCUCCAGAUCCCUUAACUUCUAGGGCAGCAUCGAGUGGCGCUACUUACAUGGAUGAUUUUGAGAACAUCGUCGGUAAAGGUAAAGAGCUGGUGAUGACGAAAGAGUAUAAACCUCAAGUGGCUAAUGAAUUCGAGCGCUAUCUGAAUCCGCAGUCUUUGAAACGACACGUAUUUCGCACUGAGAAAGUACGCAAAAUUAUCGAACAUUAUGCUCAAGUAAAUAACUGCUCGGUGAAGCAGAUUGAAAAGCAGGUGAAAGAUAUAAUAGAUGAAAUUGGAUUAGAGCGUAACUUAGCGAUUAUACGAUGGUGUGGUAUGGCUAUAACAGCUAUAUCAAAACGUAUCCUAUCAGGGAUUUACGUUAAUGCACGCAGUAUUCGGAGAGUUCGGGAUCAAUUAGGACGAAACCCCGUUUGCUAUUUGCCCAGUCAUCGGAGCUACAUGGAUUUUGUAUUAAUGUCAUAUAUUUGUUUCUACUAUGAUAUUGAAAUACCUGGUAUAGCGGCAGGAAUGGAUUUUCAUGCAAUGUUCGGCAUGGGGACAAUGUUACGAAAAACCGGUGCAUUUUUUAUGCGUCGCUCAUUCUCAAAUGAUGAGCUUUACUGGGAUAUUUUUCGCGAGUAUAUGUAUGCAUUGAUAUCUGUGUAUCACAUCGGAGUUGAAUUUUUUAUAGAGGGCACGCGCAGCCGCAAUUUCAAGGCACUCGUUCCAAAGGUAGGUUUGCUAUCAAUGGCACUAUUGCCCUACUUUACGGGCGAAGUGACGGAUGUGACCAUUGUGCCAGUAAGUGUAUCCUAUGAACGCUUACUAGAAGAGCAAUUGUUUGUUUAUGAAUUACUUGGCGUGCCAAAACCUAAAGAAACGACAAAAGGAUUUUUUAAAGCACUUAAAAUUAUCGAUGAACGCUUUGGAAGAAUGUACCUAGAUUUUGGGGCACCAAUUUCUGUACGCGAAUUCUUUGGUCACACAGGAGCAGAUAGAAUGCAACGUGCUAAUGUGGGUGCGCACUUGCAAAAACUAGACAGAAAAGAGUUGGAUUUAAUUAAAAAACUAGGCAAUGAGGUAAUUUACCAACAACAGCGAGGCAUCGUUAUUAGUACAUUUAACUUGCUGUGUUUAUAUUAUGCUAGUCAAUUGUAUGUGGACCGUUCGGUUAACAUUGACGAAUUAGCACUUGGCAUUGCUGAGCUAAAGUGUAUUUUCGAAGAAUUGGGUGCACAUGUGGCCACCGAUAUGAACCGGCUUAAAUUUGAGAUAAUUGAAACCGUAGAAAUACAUUCGAAUAUCGUGCAUUUUCAAAAUGCCCGACUGCAAUUCACUGAAGUCGCUGCUGCACAACUUGCACAAGAGAUCGAUACUAAAAGACUGAAGGCACACGCGCUUUUGCCACAGAUCAUGGCAGUGGCAGUGCCCACAUUGGCACUGCAACUUUACAUAAAUCCCUGCAUGUUUUGGCUUGCGCGACCGGCAUAUCUUAUAUUAGCAGCAUUGCAAUUGAAGGCAGACCAACAAAAAGGUAGAAAUGAUGAAACAACAGCUUAUUCUAGCACCUACGAUGAAGUAGUAGAAAACUUACUGCAACGUGUGACUUUAUUGGAUGGUAUUUUUAAGCACGAAUUUAUAAUUGAGUCAAAUCGAGAUAUAGAGGAAUUCAAUAGAAAUCUUCUGCUACUAUCAAAAAAUGGCAUCCUAAAAAUAUCGUCACAUAACGGUCAAAUAUCUAUUAACGAAAAUGAAUGUAUGAAAGUUAUACUUUCUUCAUUAGCACCUUUUCUAUGCGUCUACUACCAAUUAGCUGUGACCGUAAAUGAGUUUCCACUUGAUACUUGCUCCGCACAUUCCAAUAAUAAAUCUGAAGAAUUCAGUUCUAAAGAUGUUCUCAUACACAUGCAAAAGCGCAUAGAAAACCUUAUGCAACAACAGCAUGUCACCAAUGUGCAUCCCUAUUGUCUAGCCCUAGAUAAUUUGAACAUUGCACUAAACUCAUUUCAACAAGCUGGCUAUAUACAGAAGAACAAAGAGAGUGGAAUACUGCAGCAUGCUCCUGGCAAACCAUUACGGACGCUGGAAGCUGAAUUAUUGCGCUAUUGUCAGCUGUUGCCAUUCAAACAAUACUACCGGGUAGCAAGCGUUCAAAUGAACUCUAUGCCAUCUAAAUUAUAACUAUUAAAACAACGUAGCAAAAAUCAACUGCUUUCCCAUGUUCGGAAUUGCCACGUAGCUAUUGUGUUUUUAGUAUUAGUUUUUGUUUUGCCAACACUACGUUUAGUCAUCGACUUGUUUAUUUAGUUUUUUACAUAGGUGCAUUGAACAAAUGUUUUUCGUGCACGCGGUAUAAUUUUUUGGUUAAGCGGGAAGUAGGGAUAACUCGUGUGAAACUAUGAUUUUUGAUGCGAUUUCGAAAUUUUUUACUUUUUAGGAACACUUUGAAGGAAAAAACGCAUUUUUGCGAAAAAAUCGGUUAAUUUGAU